UAUGAAGAAGAAGAAGAGGCAAGGGAUUAACGGGGUACAGAGACUGAGGUUUUCUCCUACACAACGAAGUCACUUGCAAUUUUACAAAGAAAGCACCCAUCCAUCGGCGAAAGAGAGAGAAAUCUCUCUCUUGGUGAAAGAAAGAGAAGUACAGAGAGAGAGAGAGAGGGGUCAGAGAUGGAAGAGAGGGCCAGUUGGAAAACUUAAAUUGCAGAGAGCAGCAGCAGCAGCAGCAGCAGAGAGAGAGAGAGAGAAAGACGUCUGGUUUCGAGCCAUGGCGGCGUGGCAGAGCUGUAAUUCCAUGUCUUUAAUUCUCACAACACAGCCAAGGAAUUGAAGGAGCUGCUGUGCAGCCUCGAUUAACUCUGUCCCAAAAAUCUCCGACGUGUUUGUCCAAGAUUCAAAAAAGCUGCGAUCUCCACAAUAACUACGACAACAAUUUAGCAACGCAAAGAAUUUGAGAAAGUGAGAAGACUUCUGAGCUCAGACCCACCCAAAAGGAAAGAGUGAAAUUCAACAGAAAAAGCAAAAGAGAGAAAAGAUUGAUUAAAUCCCUAGAUCGACUUCUCUCUUCUUUCCUAACCAAAGCCCAAUUCUUUGUCUUUGCCCACAUCCCAACGACAACCGAACAACAAAUUAAACACACACAAAAAAAGGAAAACCCGCAAAAGUUGAAGAAGAAGAACCCGCUGCGGCUUCCAAUCCAGGCAGUUCGUUGCUUUGGCUAUGGAUUGUCUGUCACAAUUGAGGUCCCGGAUUGGCUUAAAGCUCCAACAAUGGCUGGCUUCUUCUCAUUAGGCGGCGGCGGAAGAGGAACGUCGAGCAGCAACCAAGAGCAAAGCGGCAGCGGCGGCGGCAACAACACCAACCCUCCUCCACCGCCCUCCGAAAUCAGUCCAGAGAGCUGGUUCCUCUACCGGAAUGAAGACAUCUCCUUCAAGGGUUUCGAGCUCUGGCAGCCACCGCCACCCCAGCCGCCGCAACAUCAACACCCCGACCACCUCCAGCGCCACCACGCAUUCCAGUACCUCUACUCCUCCGCCGCAGGCCUAGCCGUCGGGCCCAGCCGGACCUCCCUCAACAUCUCCGACGAUUCGUCGAGAUCCGCCCUUCUCGCCGUGAGCGGCGGCGGCGGAGGAGGCGGCAUCAGCUGUCAGGACUGUGGAAACCAAGCCAAGAAAGAUUGCUCUCAUAUGCGGUGUAGAACUUGCUGCAAGAGCCGAGGGUUUCAGUGCCAAACCCAUGUCAAAAGCACUUGGGUUCCCGCCUCUAAAAGGCGCGAGAGACAACAGCAACUCGCCGCUUUGCAACAGCAACAACAACAGCAACAGCUCGAGCUUCAUAAUAGAGAGAAUCCCAAACGGCAGAGAGAGAAUAAUCCAAGCGCUUCCUCUCUCGCCUGCUCUCUUUUGCCCUCCAACUCGUCAGGGUUGGAGGUGGGGAAUUUCCCGCCGAAGGUGAACACUCAGGCUGUUUUUCGUUGCGUUCGGGUAAGAUCGAUCGACGAUGCCGAGGACCAGUACGCGUACCAGACGGCUGUGAACAUCGGCGGCCACGUAUUCGAGGGAAUUCUUAUGGAUCAAGGGCCGGAAAGUCAGUAUAUGGGCGGGGAGAGUUCUUCGGGGACUGCCGGUGGACUUAAUCUCAUUACGGCGGCCACCUCCGCUGAAACCACUGCCGUCGGGGCUACUGCGGCGGUGGGUUCGUCGACGGCGGCGUUUCUUGAUCCUUCUUCUCUUUAUCAACCUCCCCUUAACUCUUUCAUGCCCGGUACGCCAUUCUUCCCACACCAAAGAUCUUAAAACACCCGAAAGUUCAGUAUAUGUUUUGACGAUGCUGUUCUUCUAGUGCGUUUUAACAACAAUUGAAGUAGAAAGAAAACAAGCGGAGGAGAAUUGAUGAUAUGAAAAUUAAUAUGAUGUUCGUUUUUCGUUUCGUUUCGUUUCGUUCCGUUUCUCUCAUUGCAAAAAGAUAAACCAUUCUUAUAUAUUCUCCUUGAAAUAUAAAGUUGCUGUUGG